AUCCCCGGCGCGCGGGCCAAUCGGGAGCCGGCGCCGCCGGCCCGGAGCCAAUCAGCGUGCGGCUGUGGGACCGGCGGGAGAUUUGACCUCAGCCCGCCCCCUCGUGGGAGGGACCGGGAACGCGCGCACCAGGCUCAGCUCACCAGGGCGGUGGGCGCGGCUCCCAGGGACGGGGCCUGACCAGAGCCCCGCCCUCCUGGCAUAAAAAGGCGGCCCGGCCGCCUGUCGGCUCGUACACGGCGGGAUGGACGGGAUGGACGACUUGGACGGAGGUCCUGAGGGCGGGGCUCCCUGGAAGAGGAUGUCUAAAGAGGAGCUGGAGAAUCAGUACUCCCCCAGCAGAUGGGUCGUCCGACUGGGAGCAGAGGAGGCCUUGAGGACCUACUCACAGAUAGGAAACGAAGCUGGCCCAGAGGUGCCGCAGGUGCAUCUGCCCUAUUUCAUUGGUGAAGAAGCUACCAAGAGGGCCCAGGCCACCAGGAGGAACCUGCUCGAUGUCCCCUAUGGAGACGGCGAAGGGGAGAAACUGGACAUCUACUUUCCUGAGGCAGUGUCUGAAGCCUUGCCGUUCCUCGUGUUUUUUCAUGGAGGAUACUGGCAGAGCGGAAGUAAAGACUCAUCAGCCUUCAUGGUCGGCCCACUGACAGCACAGGGAUUGGCUGUGGUGAUAGUGGCCUAUGACGUUGCCCCCAAAGGCACCCUGGACCAGAUGGUAGCCCAGGUGACGCAGAGCAUCGUGUUUGUCCAGAAACAGUAUCCAGGCAACCAGGGAAUUUACCUGUGCGGACACUCAGCUGGGGCUCACCUCGCCGCCAUGAUGCUCCUGGCCAACUGGACCAAGCAUGGAGUCACGCCCAACCUCAAAGGCUUCUUCCUGGUGAGUGGGAUCUAUGACCUGGAGCCUGUCAUGCACACCUCUGAGAACGCCUCUCUCCUCACAACCCUGGAGGAUGCUCAGAGGAACAGCCCACAGUGGCACCUGAAGACAGCCCCGACACAGCCUGUGGAUCCAGCCUGCCGCAUCCUGGUGACUGUGGGCCAACACGACAGCCCUGAAUUCCACCGACAGUCCAGGGAACUUUAUCAGACUCUGCGCCGAGGAGGGUGGAAAGUCUCCUUUGAAGAGCUCCAUGAUGUGGAUCACUUUGAAAUCCUUUGGAACCUAACCCAGAAGGACUACGUGCUCACCCAGCAAAGAAAACCAUCAACAAAAUGAAAAGACGACCUACUGAAUGGGAGAAAAUAUUUGUAAAUGAUACGAUGGGUAAGGGGUUAAUAUCCAAAAUAUAUAAACAGCUCAUACAACUCAACAUCAUAAAGACAAACAAGCCUAUUAAAAAAUGCGCAGAACUGAAUAGACAUUUUUCCAAAGAAGAUAUACAGAGGGCCAACAGGCACAUGAAAAGAUGCUCAACAUCACUAAUCAUCAGGGAAAUGCAAAUCAAAACCACAGUGAGGUAUCACCUCACACCUGUCAGGAUGGCCAUCAUCAAGAAGACCACAAACAAAUGUUGGCAAGGCUGUGGAGAAAAGGGAAUCCUCCUACACUGUUGGUGGAAAUGUGAAUUGGUACAGCGACUGUGGAAAACAGUAUGGAGGUUCCUCAAAAAACUGAAAAUAGAACUACCAUAUGACCCAGCAAUUCCACUCCUGGAUAUAUACCUGAAGCAAAUGAAAACAUUAAUUCGAAAAGAUACAUGCACCCCAAUGUUCACAACAGCAUUAUUUACAAUUUCCAAGAUAUGGAAGCAACCUAAGUGUCCAACAACAGAUGACUGGAUAAGGAAGAUGUGAUACACACACACACACACACACACACACACACACACACAUAUAGACAGAAUGGAAUACUUCUCAGCUAUAAAAAAAGAAUGAAAAUUUGCCAUUUUCAGCAACAUAGAUGGACUUGGAGGGCAUAAGUGAAAUGAGUCAGAGGAAGACAAAUACUGUGUGUUAUCACUUAUCUGUGGAAUCUAAACAGUAAAACAAAUUAGUUAAUAUAAAAAAAAAAGAAACAGACUCACAGAUCUAGAGAACAACCUAGUGGUUACCAGUGGGGAGAAGGAAUUUGGGAGGGGCAAGAUAGGGGCAGGAGAUUAAGAGGUAUAAACUAUUAUGUAUAAAACAAAUAAGCUGGGGCUUCCCUGGUGGCGCACUGGUUGAGAGUCCGCCUGCCGAUGCAGGGGACACGGGUUCAUGCCCCGGUCCGGGAAGAUCCCACAUGCCGCGGAGCGGCUGGGCCCGUGAGCCAUGGCCGCUGAGCCUGCGCAUCUGGAGCCUGUGCUCCACAACAGGAGAGGCCACAACAGUGAGAGGCCCACGUACCGCAAAAAAAAACAAACAAAAAAACAAAGACCCAACGCAGACAAAAACAGAUAAUUGGGGAAAAAAAACCUUAUGGAAAAGACCUAAGCAGCUGAAGUUUUCAGUAAAAUAAAAAUUUAAAUGGUAAAAGUUGGAAUAUGUUGGUGCCAAAUAGAAAAUGAAUCACAGAAAUACGUUGACUUGAUGGUGUUUGAUCCAGAAGAUAUAUAGUUUUAUUUAUUUAUUGGCCACGCCACCAGGGAUUGAAACUGUGCCCUCGGCAGUGAAAGCACAGUGUCCUAACCACUUGACUGCGAGGGAGUUCCCUGGAAGAUAUAUAUUUUUAUACAGAUGCUAUCAGUAUUGAUAGAACUCUGAUUAAAAUAUCCUAGGAUGAAAAAGGCAGGGUCAACAUCCACCCAGACAAGAUGGCGGAGCAAACCGUGUCCUGGUCUGAUGAUUGUGAGGACAGGUUGGCAAUAUUAAAAAAUGUUGAAAGACACACACACACUUUCCCAGCAAUCCUGCUUGCAGAUGUUUAUGCUACAGGCAUAGUUGCACGUUUGUGUGUCUGUUUGCUGUAGUACAAUUCAUAAUAGCAAAAAAAAAAAAAAAAAUUGGAGAUACCCAAUGGGAAAUUUGUUAAUUGGAAUUAGGGUAGACCAUCCAAUAAACACCAUGCAGAUAUUAUAAAACAUGUUGAGAUCUCUAGGUGCCGAUAAAGCUGAGAUGUGCUGUUACCUGAAAAGACAGGAUGCCAAGUGGUGUAUGAACACACACACACACACACACACACACACACACACACAUACACACCUGGAAGUAUACAUAGAAACUGCUGAAAAGUUUCUUUCUGCUAGAGGUCUUUGGGGAGAGGAAGACUUCCUUCCCAUUGCAUGAUUUUUGCUUUUACAGCAUUGAUGUGUCACUCUUACAGUAGAGGAAAAAUGUGUUCACAAAAGUUUUGGUGAAACUAGAUGGCCAUAAGGUAAUAUCUAGCAUUGAUGUUUUAUGAUCUCAAAACAGUUUUGUCUGAUCAUCACAGUAUCCAUCAGGAUUUGUUGCCAACUACUUGAAAAUCCAGAAAGUUCACAUAAAAAUGCAAAUUUGCCUUUGUGAUAAAUAUAUUUUUGGUCUUUGUCCCCGAUUCCUGGCACACAGCUCCUAAAAAACCUUUGGAAUCUCCAGAGUGAUAGGAGCGUCUUUUGUUCUAAUGAGCAACCCCUAGAUGCUUCUGGCUGGGGCUGGUGGCCAUAAAGACCAAGCCUUCAUCAGAAGCUUGGAGCUUUCAGCCCCACCCUCCCAAUCUUCAGAGAGUGGAGAGGAGCUGGUGAUUCAAUUAAUCACCAAAGGCCAAUGAUUUGAUCAACCAAGCCUGUGAAACCUCUAUAAAAACCACUUAAAGUCAGGUUCAUAGAGCUGGAAGGCUGGGGCGUCUGCAUGAGGCUAGGCACCAGCUACACAGGCCUGCUCUGAACCCAGUCUGGCUGUGCCUACAGGCAGGUGCCUGCUCCCUGGGCUCUCAUUUCUAUUAUCCAGGCGGAUUGUCCUAGGCUGUUCACUUCCUGGAGUCACAUAACAAUCCCACCUCCCUGAUAGGACACCCAGGUCUCCUGGCUGGAGGGCAGUGGGCAUUGUUUCCACACAUUUCUUCACCUCUGUUGACCCCCACCCGCACGUCUGUUUGGGGCAGGGACUUAGAAAGGAUAUCUAACUCCUGAGGAAUUCUGGUGGGAAAGGAAGAACAAAGCUCCAAGGGUCAAUUUCUGGACUUCCAGGAAGCUUCAGUGAAAAGACUUGCCUCAGCACAUGUUCCAACCCGGACGGCACAAGGGCUGGCUGAGGAAGCUGGCACUAGGAGGUUCCAGGAGUGGGGUACCCACAAAAACAAUAACAGUUUGCACGCUGAAAGGGCUUAAUCCAUUUGUG